AUGUCAAAACGACCUUCUUCCGGUAAGGGGGUGAAACCGAACCGUAACAGAAACAAGCCAGUAAAGCAAGUUAAAAAGAUGAGAAAAUCUUCUCUGUCAAGAGCUCAAAAGAACUUCUCUGUUUUCCAGCAGCAGUCUCAUGAGAAUAAAUACGAGAGUUUACAAUCUAUCAGAGAUGAUGGUGAAGACGCUGGGGACGAAGUUGUGUUUCUGCAUGAUGAAGGGAAAGAUUUGAAUUCUGAUGAUAUCGAUGAAGUAUCUGUAUCGGAGAAUGACUUGGACCUAGAAGAUGAGGAGGACGAAGAAGAAGGUGAAGAAGAAGAACCAGUGGGAACCGCGGAUGGUAUUAUUGGUAAUAAUUCAUUAGACGCAAACGAGGACUUUAUUGCAUUUGAUUUAUCAGAACCGGAGGAGGAUGAGCAUGAAAACGGGUUUGAAGAACAUUCUGAGCCAGAGACGGCAGGAAAAGAAGAAAUAGAGGAAGGAGAAGGAGAUAAGCUCAGGCACAAUGCAGAUUUCCCAUGGAUACUCAAUCAUGAUCACUCUAAGCAGCGGGAAAUUGCGGAUUGGCUAACACUAGAGAUUAAAGAUUUUGUUUCCUAUAUCUCGCCUAAUAGACAAGAGAUCGAACAACGUAACCAAGCCAUUGCAAAAUUGAAAGAGGCAGUCGUAGAGCUAUGGCCUGAUUCAAGUUUGAACUGUUUUGGUUCUUAUGCAACAGAUUUAUAUUUACCUGGAUCAGAUAUUGAUUGCGUGGUCCGAAGUGCAUCUGGAGAUAAGGAAAAUAGAAAUGCAUUAUAUUCAUUAGCAUCGUUCUUAAAGAGGAAACAAUUAGCUACUCAAGUGGAAGUUAUCGCAAAGGCAAGAGUGCCUAUCAUUAAAUUUGUGGAACCAGAAUCCAAGAUACAUAUCGAUGUUUCCUUUGAAAGAACUAAUGGUCUUGAGGCGGCCCGAGUCAUUCGUGGAUGGUUAGAGGAGCAACCGGGACUUAGAGAGUUGGUUCUUAUAGUCAAACAAUUUUUGCAUGCAAGACGGUUGAACAACGUCCAUACAGGUGGUCUUGGUGGGUACAGUAUCAUUUGCUUAGUUUACACUUUUUUAAAACUCCAUCCAAGGGUGUUAACGGGAGAUAUUGACCCAUUGGAAAACCUUGGUGUGCUUUUGAUAGACUUUUUUGAGUUGUAUGGUAAAAAUUUCGGUUAUGAUGACGUUGGAAUCAGUGUAAGUGAACAUGAAGCUAGAUAUAUCCCUAAGAACGAACAUCCAGAUUUGUCUGCUGGAAGGCCGCGCUUUUCGCUCUUGAUUCAAGAUCCUGGAGAUCCUUCCAAUAAUAUCAGUAGAGGUUCCUUUAACUUAAGAGAUAUCAAGAAGGGAUUUGCCGGUGCGUUUGAUUUACUGGCCAAUAGAUGCUUCGAAUUGGAUUCUGCUACUUUCAAAGAUCGGAUUGGAAGUAGUAUAUUGGGUAAUGUGAUCAAGUACAAGGGAACAAAAAGAGAUUUCAACGACGAAAGAGAUCUGGUUAUCAAUGAAGCCAUCCAGGAGAACGAGAAAUACCAUAACAAGAGGGGUAGAAUAGUCCAUGAUGAUUUAUUCACCGAUAUUAGUGAUAUUGAAGCUGAAGAAGAAAUCUACCAGGUGCAGGAACCUCCAACUAAAAAGACUAAGAAGGACAAGAGUAAAGAAAAGAAGGAAAGAAAAGAGAAGAGAAGGGAAAAGAGAAAGAAGCAACAGCUCAAAGAAAAUACUGAGAGGGUACAAGAGGUCGAAGAAGAUAAUUAUGAUCCGACUGAGGCAAUUAUUGUUAAUGACGAACCAUCCGAACAAGAAGAUGAUUAUGAUCCUAGUAAACCUUCCGUAGAUGAUUACAUGGGCUUGCCGGAAGAAAACAAUGAUGAAAAUGACAAGGAUACCAAAGAAGAAGCGAGAACACCAGUGAUAAACCUUAUAGAAGAUGAAAAUGGUGCCAGUGACGAUUCGAACUCUGAUCCGAAAAUGCAACUAGUAGACAAACAGACCAAAAGAGAUUAUUGGUUAAGCAAAGGCCAAGCCAUGUAA